AGUUAACUGGAAGCCGUGCUGAAGGCGGCACUCUGUGGGGGAGUUACUGCGUCUCAAGCCGCCGCUGCUGCAACAUCACAGCGCAUUCCUGAGCAGAGCUGCUAACAUCUGACUGCCACAUCUCAUCUCAUCUCAUUUCAUCUCAUCUUAGAUCAUCUCAUAUCACAUCUACUGAAAAGCGAGCCGCCUGCACUGCACCGUAAAGCCCAAACCCCGCCAUCCUCUCCACGGGCGCAGCAAAGACAACUAUGCAUGGUACGAGCACCACUGGAUCACACCACGUCGCUUAUGCUUUGCUGAACAUGACCCACUGCUGAGUCAGGCUAUAGCACGCACACUACACACAGUGGAGAGAAGGACAGAGAGCUGCUUUCGAUCACCCCGUCACGUGAGGCUGGCCUCAAAAAAUGUCUGCAGAGGUGGAGUCCGGCAUGCCUCCAGCCGAGCAGGCACCCGUGAAGACACCGUCCAAGAAAGAGAAGAAGAAGGCUUUAGCUACACCAGAGAAAACAGAUGAGUUCCUGCUGGCCAGGUUCAAAGGUGAAGGUGUUAGGUACAAGGCUAAGCUGAUUGGAGUGGACGAUGUGCCUGAGGCCAGAGGGGACAAAAUGAGCCAAGACUCCAUGAUGAAACUAAAGGGCAAGGCGGCAGCUGCUCGCUCUCAGGGCAAACACAAGCAAAGAGUUUGGGUGAACAUCUCUCUCUCAGGAAUCACUAUAACUGAAGAGAAGACCGGGGCAAUACUGAUGGAACAUGCAGUGAACAAGAUCUCGUUCAUAGCUCGCGACGUCACGGAUAAUCGAGCAUUCGGCUAUGUGUGUGGUGCAGAGGGCCAGCACCAGUUCUUCGCCAUUAAAACUGCCCAGCAGGCAGAGCCUCUUGUUAUUGACUUGAAGGAUCUCUUUCAGCUCAUCUUUAAUAUGAGGAAAAAAGAAGCAGAAAGUUCAAAGAAGGAAGAAACAACCAAACCAGUAGAGAAUGGAAGCGAUGCCUCACUCAGUAAUAGGAAAGGUGUGGAACAGCUGGACCUGUUUGGAGACAUGUCAACCCCGCCAGACAUGAAUUCUCCAUCGGAAUCUAAGGACAUCCUCUUGAUGGAUCUGUCCACUGAAAUAGACAGCAACCAAAACUGUGUGAAAGGCAACCCUUUUACCAACUCAUCUUCUACCCUCAGAGCCCAGUCCAGCCUCUCGCCUGAGAACCCCUUCUCCUCUCCGCUCAACUUCUUCCCCACCCCUAGCCACGAUCCCUUCCGGGAUGACCCCUUUUCCAAAAGUAACAACGAAACCGGCAAUCACAACUCCAACUCCCACCAGUAUUUCAAUGGCAACACUAAAAACGGUGACUUAGACUAUUUGGGCCAGCAGUUUGACCAGCUCUCCAACAGGACAAUGGUCCAGGCACUCAGUAAUGGGCAGUGGCCACUAGGUGGCAGGCCAGCAGAGACAAGUGCUUGGACUCAAAAUAAAAUACCAGAGCGGGAACAGAAUGGCCAUAGUGGAAAAGUGACACCAGAUCCAUUUCUGGAAACUGCUCAGAACGGUGUGAAGCAUGAGAACGGAAGCAGGCCUGAAGCUGCUGUCAACCAAGCCAAGGAUUCUAUUAUCAUAAGCCCUCCACCUCUUAACACAAAAGCUGGCCGAGGAAGAAGGGCUGUGAAGUCCCCAACAAAUGAAAGCCUUGCUCCUGAUCCAUUCACUUCAGCCACCCAAUCAGAAUCUCCAUCUCCUGCACAACCGGACUGUACCCCAGUGAGCUCUGUUGAUUUUUUCAGCAAGAGCCCCAGCAGCACCUCAGACACCCUCGCAAGCCUUGGAGGGCUGUCUCUUGGACACUCAUCUUCCUCCUCUAAUCCUGGUAUAUCCACGUGGAACGAUUCCUUCUCUUCAGUGUUCCCCAGACCUACCGACGUCCCCAAUGCUUUCACUCAGCUUUCGGCCUAUUCCACCACUCCAGCACAAAAUUGGGGAAGCAGCCAUGGAGUUUUUGGGACUACAUCCAAUCAACAGCUUCCAUCCUGGCCACAGAACCACACCUCUGCUUCUAAUGGAUCCUGGACUCAGCAUUCCAAUUUAGGAAAUCCCUUCCAGUCCAGCAUCUUUCCUCCAGCUGACAACCUAACGUUAGGGGGACAGCAGAGCCCCAGCCCCCCUCCACUGAUUCCACCACGGGCUGGACCCAUCAAAGAACCCUCUAAGGUGGACACAGAUGCCUUUGUGGACCUGGAUCCAUUGGGGGAGAAAGAAAAGAGGGACAUCAAGGAGAUGUUUAAGGAUUUCCAAAUGGCUAAGCCACCAAAUUCCCUGGCUAAGAAUGAACCACUAAAAGUUGGUGGCCAGAACCUGUUCGAUAGUCCUUUUGGAUCAGGUGGUUUUGGAGCACUUGCAACUACUCCAAGUGCCCCUGCUAUCAAGGCUGUGGGAUCAGAUCCAUUUAGAGCCCCAUUUGGAAACCCCUUUGCAUGAUGAUCCUUCAUGUUCAUGGAUCCACAAAUUAAGCAGCUUCUAUCGAGGCACAAGGCUUUCCAGUGAAGUGCUGCCUUUUCCAAUGUAUACAGUCAAACCAAGAUGCCACCCAAAAGCUCCAUGAAGCCCUCCUACUUUUUUCACACAGUACCCGAGGCCAAGACGGCAGAGUGCAAAAAGAAACUGAUGUUGCUUCAUAAAAUAUAUGGCACUAUACCAGUGGUUAAUGCAGCCAUUGGGAAGAAAGCACAAACUGAACCAGUUGAGAAUGCUGAGUGUCCCUUGCAGAGGUAAAAGUAUUAAAAGAAAAGCGGUAACUGAAGUCGGUCAGUUCGGUGUUCUUCAUUGCGGUAUUAUUGCUUGUGUCUUUAUUUCAUUCACCUCGCAGAUGCUUGUUAAUUUGCAGACAAUUUAUCAGACAAUAGCCUUUUAUGCCAGACUAUUUAGUUAUAAAGGAGUGCUAUUUUAUUAAGCUUUUUCCUUUUCAUUAAUCCACCCUGAAGAAUAUGGUUAAACUGAUAUCAUAUAUUUCUGUAUACCAGCUGGAAUAUGUUACUUUUGAUGAUGGACCGAGUACAGUCACUCCUAUGGAGAUGUUAGAAAAAUUAACAGGCUAACGCUGGCAUUUUGCUUCAUAUUGCUCUAGUACUCAUCCAACACCAUCAUGGGUUGAGUGUUUUACUCCACUCUCUAUUGUACUAUUGAAAUAUUAUCAAGCUUUUAAUAAAAAUGUGUUCAGUGGUUAUGUGUGGAUACUGGUCAUCCCAAAUCAUUCCUGUACUUGACAUAAGAAAGUGUAUGAUUUAUAUGUAUGUAUGUAUUUUAAAGAUGAUGGUCAGCCACUCAUUUUUUUAAAUGACAUAUCUAAGAAAACAUGUAAGCAAGGAGUGUGCUGUGCACUGUGAGAUGUAAGGUCUGAGACUUUGAUUAUCAGCGUGCCUUCACCUCAGUGACUUUAAGGCUCAGAAGGAAGACUAAAAGACGAUCUGCCUGUACUGUACUGGAAGUCUUGUCAUACUGAACUUAUGAGUUAUGUGUGUAUGGGACAGUGUAUUUUGUGUGUGUGUACUGUAUGUGUGUGUGUGUAUAAAUAAAUAUAUAUAUACUCUAUCGUGCACUAUGGCAUUUAUCUUGUAACUGUAGUUGUUGCAAUAAACUGGAAUUACGGUUAAUAGAAUGGGAUCAAAAAAGUGUCCUAUUUAUCUGUAACAAUUUGUAUUUCAUCUUUUCUUUGAGUAUGUUAAAAUAAAGCUAUUUCUGGCUCUUUAA